CGCAGUUCUUGCACGGCCGGCGGGGUACGGUGGACAACGAUACAAGCAACAAGCCGGCCAGUGGUGACGAGCUUUCAUCCGAGUGAGUCAUGGCCCAGUUUGGGGGACAGAAAAAUCCGCCCUGGGCGACUCAGUUUGCGGCCACCGCCGUCUCGCAACCGGGCCACACGGGCCACACAGCCCAGUCUCUUGACAUCAACUUGCACUCUCUGGGUGUGCAGCAGCCUUCCCUCCUGGGAGCCUCCCCCGCCGUCUACUCCCAGCAGUCGGCCUUGGCCGCCGCCUCUCUCGGCAACCAAUCUGCCGCCAGCUAUCAGCUGUCUCAGCAGACGGCCGCUCUGCAGCAGCAGGCCGCAGCCGCCGCCGCCGCCGCUGCCGCAGCACUGCAGCAGUCGCAGAUCAAUUCGGCCCUGCAGCAGUAUCAGCAGCAGCAGCAACAGCAGCAGCAGCAGCCUCCCCCACAGCAACCGCCACAGCAGACAUUGUACAGUGUACCUCAUCAGCUUCCACAGCCGCAACCGGCACUCCUAUCACAGCCUCCAGUGGCUUUGCCCACCAGCCUGAGCCUGUCCAAUCCCCAGCAGACGGCCCAGAUCACCGUGUCCUACCCGACGCCGCGCUCGAGCCACCAGCAACAGCCACAGAAGCAACGCGUCUUCACCGGCGUUGUCAACAAGUUGCACGACACGUUCGGCUUUGUGGACGAAGAUGUCUUCUUUCAACUAAGCGCUGUUAAAGGGAAGACACCGCAAGUGGGCGACAGGGUGUUGGUGGAGGCCGUGUACAACGCCAACCUGCCCUUCAAGUGGAACGCCCAGCGCGUCCAGACCUUACCUCAGCUCGCAAACCAGUCGCAUCAGCAGCAGCCUCAGCCUUUACCUCAAGCUUCCCCACAGCUGGGCAGCCUUUACAAUGAGCCCGGGAUACAGCUGCGCUACUCUGACAUGCACCCUGCUGCGGACGGCAGACAAAAUAGUCAUCCUCCGCCUCCCAACAUGAUGAAGGCUCCCCCCAUACUUCAGUCCCUACCUCCUCCGACCACGUUCAGUGUUCCGCCCUCGGCUCCUCCUCCUUCCUUACUGCAGGCCCAGCUGUCUGCUGCCUCACUUGGCCCUCUCCUCCAAAACCCCCCUCAGCCUCUGCUGCCGCAGCCGCCUCCCAAAGAUGUGUUUCCAGGUGGUCUGCUUCAGCCCCCAGUGAGACUCAUGCAACAACCGCAGCCGGUGCGACGGAUUGAGCCUCCUCCACGUUUCCCUCCUCGCAACGAUCGGCCCCCUGAGCUCAUCCUCCGCAGUAAAGAGGAUCGCAGCCGAGACCGAGAGCGUGAGCGCAGGCGAUCCAGAGAGCGCUCCCCCGUGCGUAAACGCUCCAGAGAGCGCUCCCCGAGGCGAGAGCGCUCACCGCGGCGUCCUCGCAGGGUGGUCCCUCGCUACACGGUGCAGUUUUCCAAGUUCAGUUUGGACACUUCAAGCUGUGACAUGAUGGAGCUGAGGCGACGCUAUCAGAGUCUGUAUAUUCCCAGCGACUUCUUUGGCGCUGCCUUUACUUGGGUGGACGGCUUCCCCCUGACCCGACCCUUUCAGUUCAGCAACGUGUGUAACUUCCACAUAUUGCACAAGGAGGUGGAUCCUUUUGUGAAAAAUACAGCUGUGCUGGAUCCGCCUGAUGCCAAUCACACGUACAGCGCUAAGGUGAUGCUGCUGGCUAACCCAAGUUUAGAGGAGUUAUAUCACAAGUCAUGUGCCCUUGCAGAAGAUUCCCAGGAGGUCAGAGAUUCCUUCCAGCAUCCCGCAAGACUUAUCAAGUUUUUAGUGGGAAUGAGAGGCAAAGAUGAGGCCAUGGCCAUCGGUGGCCACUGGUCUCCCUCUCUGGAUGGAGCCGAGCCAGAAAAGGAUCCCUCAGUCCUCAUUAAGACAGCUAUACGCUGUUGCAAGGCACUCACAAGCAUAGAUCUGAGUCUGUGCACUCAGUGGUAUCGUUUUGCAGAGAUUCGCUAUCACCGGCCGGAGGAGACACACAAGGGGCGGACAGUCCCCGCUCAUGUGGAGACAGUGGUUUUGUUUCUUCCGGAUGUUUGGCAUUGUCUUCCUACCCGCUCAGAGUGGGAGGCGCUGUCACGGCGACUCCGGGAGCAGCUGGCUGAGAAGCUGUCGGCCGAGCGAAAGGAGGCGGAUGGAGAACAGGAGGAAGAGGAGAAGGAUGGUGACGAAUCCAAGGAUGUCUGCACCCCCACUCACUGGACCAAACUUGAUCCGAAGUCGAUGAAGGUGAAUGACCUGCGCAAGGAGCUCGACUGUCGCACGCUGAGCUCCAAGGGUUUAAAGUCACAGCUGAUCGCCCGACUCACCAAGCAGCUGAAGGUGGAGGAGCAGGUGGAAGAGUCCAAGGAGCCUGAGAAACCGGAAAUUAAACCUCCCGAGGAAGAAGAGCCGUGUCGCACCGAGGAGGACAAAGAGGAGGAGGAAAAGAAGAGGCAAGAGGAGCUGGAGCGCCAGCGCCGGGAAAGACGCUACAUCCUACCCGAUGAGCCCACCAUCCUCGUUCACCCCAAUUGGGCCGCCAAGAACGGCAAAUUUGACUGCAGUGUGAUGUCCUUAAGUGUGCUGUUGGACUACAGGCUGGAGGACAAUAAGGAAACCUCGUUUGAGGUUUCCCUCUUCGCUGAGCUGUUCAAUGAGAUGCUCCAGAGAGAUUUCGGUUACCGCAUAUACAAAGCCCUUGCCGCUAUUCCCGCCAAGGAUGAAAAGAAGGAAAAGGAGAAAAAGGCCAAAAAAGAGGUUGAGAAGAAGGAGGCCGAAAAGCGGGACAUAAAGAAAGAGAAAGACGAGGACGUCGAUGAGCCGGCAGCGAAGAAAUCCAGAGAGGAGGAAGAGGUUGAGAGGAGGAAGAGCGAUGACAAGAUUGCGAAGAAGGAAGAGUCUCGUGAUGAGGAGGAGAACGAAGACGCUCACAGCACGGCCAACGGAGACGAGUAUGACCCCAUGGAGGCCGAAGACGCAGAUGAAGAUGACGACGAUGAUGACAAGAACGAUGAAGACGAGAGAGACAAAAGAGAUCGCAAAGAUGAUCGCAAAUCGCCAAAAGACAAGAGUAUAAAGGACAAGCAGGAUAAGAAGCAGAUGGUGACACACAACAAGGAGUUGCUGAUGGCUUUUGUUUACUUUGACCAAAGUCACUGGGGGUACCUGCUAGAGAAAGAUUUGGAGGAAAUCUUGUACACGCUGGGGCUGCACCUUUCACGCGCUCAGAUAAAGAAACUGCUGAACAAGCCGGUUGUGAGAGAGUCGUGUUAUUACCGCAAACUAACAGAUAGGCCAAAGGAUGAGGCUGAUUUCUCCCCCGCUGAAGCACAAAUGGAAAGCCUUUUAGGCAACAGAGAGCUGAUUCCUGCUCCGAAGUCGUGUGCUCGGUCAGAAACCAGCGAGUCCAGUAAUCUGAUUGUGUACAACGGAGCCAUGGUGGACAUUGGCAGCCUGAUGCAGAAGCUGGAGAAGUGCGAGAAGGCACGAGAGGAGAUCGAACAGAAGCUCAUGGUGCAGGAUGCCAAAAUGGAGGAAGACACCAAGGUGAAAGCGCAACUGGAACAAGACAACAGGUCCUUGUCAAAGCAGCUGGAUGAGACGAAAAGCACCCUGAGGCAGACUGAGAAGACGUUGAAGGACGCCGAGGAGCAGAAGAGCAUCUACCACGAACAGUUCACCAAGACCUGCAAGACCCUAACAGACACGGUCAAAGGGCUGAGCGCAGUGAUGAGAAAGGCUCAAGACGGAAAUGACGAUGAAGAAACUGUGCCGCUUCAAGUGAACGGCGCUGAUGAUCAAACCACCUCUUAAAUCCGGGGUGGGGAACCUGCUGCCUGCGGGCCACAUACGAGAGUGGCCUGCCAUGCAAUGCUAAAAACAAAUAAAACCUCAGAGGAACUAAUAGGAAAAGCCCCGGAUAUAUUAGACCCACAAAUAUUCGUCCUGUUUGUUUGAUUGUUGACACAAAAAGCCCCCCCCCCCCCCCUACAUUUUGCAUGGCCAUGGUGGGAAAAGGUUGUCUACUGCUGUCCUAACACUCGUUUUCUUCAAGUGUAAAUAUUCACGAAAGCUACUUCAACUGUUUGGACCAUGUCUCAACUCCCUACAUGGGUUUAUUCUCAAUUUAGUUUUUUUUGUUUUUUUGGGGGUUUUUUUGACCGCUCUGUACAUAUUUUUUAUUUUUACAACGCUUUAUCAUCACUUUCUAACUUUUUUUUUUUUUUUUGCCAUCAUUCUGUUGUCCCAGUUUUGUGUGACAGUUGUACUAUUGAGAGAUUUAGUUUUUUCCUUCUAAACAAGACUGAUGCUAUUUAUGUGCCAGAGAAUUCCUAAUGAACUAUAUUUAAAAGACGAAAACCUUGGAUGGACGACUAUGAGAUUCAUUCUGACUUGUAUAAAAGACUUCAUCCACUGUUCAAAACUGUUGAAUAGAAUAAACACAAACCGUUUGUUUUUGUAUUUCCUUGAAUUGAUUUAAGUUUUGGGUGUUCCUUCCUCCACUGUUGGAAACAAACUAAUCCGGUAAGCUCAAUAAAUGUGUAAUGUAACAAAAUGCAUUAGUAGGGUUCUACUAUGCAGCCUUUUUUGUACCCAUGUAUGUUAUACACUCAGAAAAGCUUUCAAAGUGUAUACCGAGGUUUUGAAAAGUAUUCUGUUGUAUAUGCGACAAUGUCCCCCACGAGUGUUGCUCUGUCUUGUUGUAACGCCACUUCUCACCAGCAGGGAGAGCCUUGAGCUCAAUUUGUGACAUGCGUGGGACCACUUUUGACAUAUUGUUAUCUGAGGAUCUGUUGACAGAUUUGUUUCAACACGCAGCAUCGACGGGUUAAGAAUGUGACCCGUGACUGAAAGUGCUCCUGGCUAGAUUCUUUGCAUGAGGUGCCCUUCAGCGAGGCAUCAAAAACCCUCCCGGGUACUGGAAAGCCUUCUAUUGCCCUCGUGUGCCACUUUGGGUGAGUGCCUGCCACCUAUUGGUUCUCUUCUUUUGGCUAUUGCCUUUUGAGUUCUUGAAGAAUUCUGUCAGAAGGUUAGGUUUAUAGUGGCACCUCCCUCCAAUUGCCAGUCACUCACAGACCACAUAAGACUCAACAAUCAUUCCAAACUAUGGGCAAUUUAGGGUCUUCAAUGAAGAUAACAUUUAUGUUUUUGAAAUGUGAGAGAACAUGCAAACUCCAGCCAGAGGUUCGAACCCCCGAACCUUGAACUGUUAGGCAAACGUGUAUACCGCUAUACA